GGAGGCUCGGACAGUCAUGGGCAGGGUUUCUUUCAACGUUCGGGUCAGCUCGGUGAGGAGAGCCCGCUGCUCCUGUCCUGGGCGAUGCUACCUCUCCUGCAGAGUCCCUCCAACCACCGCCCUCCAUGCACUGAACGGGUUUGGCCGCGCGGUGGUUCUGGGGGAGACUGCAGGUGGAACCGUCGGACUCGGCCCCUCGGGGACCCGUGGCUUCCUCUCCGGGUCCAAGUUCCAGGCUUCAGGCAGCUGGAAGGAUUGCUUUGGAGCCCCGCCUGCUCCAGACGUCUUGAGAGCAGACAGCAGCGUGGGCGAGGGCUGUCCUCAGAAGCUGGUGACGACAAAUUUGCUGCGCUUCCUCCUGCUUGUGCUCAUCCCCUGCAUCUGCGCCCUCAUCGUGCUGCUGGCCAUCCUGCUGUCCUUCGUGGGAACAUUAAAGAAGGUUUAUUUCAGAUCAAAUGACAGUGAACCUUUGGUCACUGAUGGUGAAGUUCGAGUGCCUGGUGUUAUCCAUGUAAAUAGAUAUGAGAACACAGGGGUGCCCUCUACGCCCCCCAGCCAAUCCAUUCCUGCCUGGACACCUAGAGCUCCUUCUCUAGAGGACCAGAGUCACGGGAAUACAAGCACCUGCGUGAACAUCACCCACAGACAGUGUCAAAUUCUGCCCUACCACAGCACGCUGCCACCCCUCUUGCCAAUUGUCAAAAAUAUGGACACGGAGAAGUUCCUCAAGUUCUUCACGUACCUCCAUCGCCUCGGUUGCUAUCAACACAUCCUGCUCUUUGGCUGUAGCCUCGCCUUCCCCAAGUGCAUUGUUGAUGGCGAUGACAGGCACGGCCUUCUACCCUGUAGAUCUUUCUGUGAGGCUGCAAAAGAAGGAUGUGAAUCUGUCCUGGGAAUGGUGAACUCCUCCUGGCCAGAUACCCUCAGAUGCUCUCAGUUUAGAGACCACACUGAGAAUAACAGUGACGUCAGCAAGAUCUGCUUCUCACUGCAGCAGGAGCAUGGAAAGCAAUCGCUCUGUGGAGGGGGUGAGAGCUUCCUGUGUACCAGCGGGCUCUGCAUCUCCAAGAAGCUGCAGUGUAACGGCUACAAUGACUGUGAUGACUGGAGCGACGAAGCUCACUGCAACUGCAGCGAGGAUCUGUUUCACUGUGGAACAGGCAAGUGCCUCCACCAUAGCCUUGUGUGCGAUGGGUAUGAUGACUGUGGGGACCUGAGCGACGAGCAAAACUGUGAUUGCAAUCUCACAAAAGAGCAUCGCUGUGGAGACGGGCACUGCAUCAUGGCUGAGUGGGUGUGUGAUGGGGACCAUGACUGUGUGGACAAGUCUGACGAGGUCAACUGCUCUUGUCCCAGCCAGGGCCUGGUGGAAUGCAGAAGUGGACAGUGCAUCCCUAGCACCUUCCAGUGUGAUGGGGACGAAGACUGUAAGGACGGGAGUGAUGAGGAGAACUGCAGUGACCGUCCGACACCGUGUCCUGGAGGAGAUCGGGGCUGCCUUGACAGUUCCUGUGUCGAAUCCUGUGGUGGUAGCUCUCUGUGUGAUUCAGACAGCAGCCUGAGUAACUGCAGUCACUGUGAGCCCAUCACUUUGGAACUCUGCAUGAAUUUGCCCUACAACCUUACACAUUAUCCAAAUUACCUUGGCCACAGAACUCAAAAGGAAGCGUCCAUCAGCUGGGAGUCAGCUCUCUUCCCUGCCCUUGUACAAACCAACUGUUACAAAUACCUCAUGUUUUUCGCUUGCACCAUUUUGGUUCCAAAGUGUGAUGUGAAUACAGGCCAGCGCGUCCCGCCUUGCAGAGUCCUGUGUGAGCACUCCAAAGAGCGCUGUGAGUCUGUUCUGGGGAUCGUAGGCCUCCAGUGGCCUGAAGACACAGAUUGCAGUCAAUUUCCAGAGCAAAGUUCAGACAAUCAAACUUGCCUCCUGCCCAAUGAAGACGUGGAAGAAUGCUCUCCCAGUCACUUCAAGUGCCGCUCGGGACGAUGCGUUCUGGGUUCCAGAAGAUGCGACGGCCAGGCUGACUGUGAUGACGACAGUGACGAAGAGAACUGUGGUUGUAAAGAGAGAGAUCUUUGGGAAUGUCCACUCAAUAAGCAAUGUCUGAAGCAUACAUUAAUCUGUGAUGGGUUUCCAGACUGUCCAGAUAGUAUGGAUGAAAAAAACUGCUCAUUUUGCCAGGACGAUGAGCUGGAAUGUGCCAACCAUGAGUGUGUGCCACGUGACCUAUGGUGUGAUGGAUGGACAGAUUGCUCAGACAGUUCAGAUGAAUGGGGCUGUGUGACCCUCUCUAAAAAUGGGAACUCCUCCUCAUUCCUGACUGUUCACAGAUCUGCAAGAGAUCACCACGUGUGUGCUGAUGGCUGGCAGGAGACGUUGAGUCAGCUGGCCUGCAGGCAGAUGGGUUUAGGAGAACCAUCUGUGACUGAGCUGAUCCAAGGGCAGGAAGGCCAGCAGUGGCUGAGGUUGCACUCCAGCUGGGAGCAUCUCAAUGGAAGCGCCCUGCAGGAGCUGCUGGUGCACAGGCGGUCCUGCCCAAGUGGAAGUGAGAUUUCCCUUCUGUGUACCAAGCAAGACUGUGGUCGCCGCCCUGCUGCCCGGAUGAACAAGAGGAUCCUUGGGGGUCGGACUAGUCGUCCUGGGAGGUGGCCGUGGCAGUGUUCUCUGCAGAGUGAACCCAGUGGACAUAUCUGUGGCUGUGUCCUCAUUGCCAAGAAGUGGGUCCUGACAGUUGCCCAUUGCUUUGAAGGGAGAGAGGAUGCUGAUGUCUGGAAAGUAGUAUUUGGCAUAAACAACCUGGACCAUCCGUCAGGCUUCAUGCAGACCCGCUUUGUGAAGACCAUCCUGCUACAUCCCCGUUACAGUCGAGCGGUGGUAGACUAUGACAUCAGCGUGGUGGAGCUGAGUGAUGAUAUCAAUGAGACAAGCUACGUCAGACCUGUUUGCCUACCCAGCCCCAGGGAGUUCCUAGAACCAGAUACAUACUGCUACAUCACAGGCUGGGGCCACAUGGGCAAUAAAAUGCCCUUUAAGCUGCAGGAGGGGGAAGUCCGCAUUAUUCCUCUGGAGCAGUGCCAGUCCUAUUUUGACAUGAAGACCAUCACCAAUCGGAUGAUAUGUGCUGGCUAUGAGUCCGGCACUGUGGACUCAUGUAUGGGAGACAGUGGUGGUCCUCUGGUUUGUGAACGACCCGGAGGACAGUGGACAUUAUUUGGUUUAACUUCAUGGGGCUCAGUCUGCUUUUCCAAAGUCCUAGGACCUGGAGUGUACAGCAAUGUGUCUUACUUUGUUGACUGGAUUGAAAGACAAAUUUAUAUCCAGACCUUUCUCCAAAAGAAAUCCCAAGGAUAAUCAGAGACUUUGUGGGAAACCUACACGGAGAAUGACCCUCUUGAACGGGAAGCUGUCAAGAGCUGUACAAACAGGCGUGUCACGGACAUGACGCUCAACACGCACUACAAGGUCUCUCCUGUUUGUUAGAGGAGUUUUCCUCAGGCUUCAAUCCUUUUCAACGUUAUCAUUCAUUAAUUUCAUGGAUUCUUUUCAAAGCACAGAGCAAAGUAGGUUUUGUUCUUUUGCUAGGCUAACCUUGAAUGUAGUGUGGAAUUAUCAGCCCACAGAGACAUCUGGAGCU